CUCAGAAGACGAAGAAUUAACAAUGGAAAAGGAAAACAGCAGUACAUGAAUAAGUUAAGAUGGAGAUUGAAGACAUGAGUGACCCUGAACCAUGUAGAAUGACAAAUGAAUAUACUGAGGAACUAAGAAACCCGAUGGAAGUGGAAGAAGAAAGUCAGAUAUGUUAUGAAGUGGAUGUGAAAACUCGGUAUCAGAAACCAGAUGAAUUCAUAACUGAAGAAAAUGUUUUAAGUUGCUCAAAGAUUGAGAAGAAUUUGUUACAAAGAAGAUCACAAAAAACAAGAGCCAAGAAAUCUUUAACCUGCAAUCGGUGUGGAAAGAGUUUCACAUGUAAAGGAAGCCUUAACAUUCACAUGAGAAUUCACUCUGGAGAGAAGCCUUUCACAUGCCUCCAAUGUGGAACGAGUUUUACAUGUAAAGGAAGCCUUAACAUUCACAUGAGAAUUCACUCUGGAGAGAAGCCUUUCACAUGCCUCCAAUGUGGAAAGAGUUUUACAUGUAAAGGGAGCCUUAACAUUCACAUGAGAAUUCACUCUGGAGAGAAGCCUUUCACAUGCCUCCAAUGUGGAACGAGUUUUGCAUAUAAAACAAGCCUUAACGUUCACAUGAGAAUUCACACCGGAGAGACCUUGACAUGCCUUCAAUGUGGAAAGAGUUUUACACAAAAAGGGCACCUUAAAGGUCACAUGAGGAUUCACACUGGAGAAAGCCCUUUCACAUGUCUUCAGUGUGGUAAGAGUUUUUCACGUAAUGCGCACCUUCAGAGGCACACACAAAUUCACACUGGAGAGAAGCCAUUCACAUGCCAUCUGUGUGAGAAUAGUUUCGCUCGUGAAGAACAUCUUAAGAAUCACAUGAGGAUUCACACUGGAGAGAAGCCAUUCGCAUGUCAUCUGUGUGAGAAUAGUUUCGCUCGUGAAGAACAUCUUAAGAAUCACAUGAGGAUUCACACUGGAGAGAAGCCUUUCAUGUGUUUUCAGUGUGGAAAUAGUUUUACACGGGCAGCCAAUCUCCAAAUUCACCAGCGCACUCAUUCACAACACCAAAGAAUCCAUACUGGAGAAAAACCUUACAAGUGUUCACAUUGUGAAAAGCGUUUCAGUCACUCAGGAAUCCUGAAAAAACAUGGAAGAGUGCAUACUGGAGAAAAACCUUACAAGUGUUCACAUUGUGAAAAGAGUUUCAGUCAGUCGGGAAACCUGAAAACACAUGAACAAGUGCAUACUGGAGAAAAACCUUACAAGUGUUCACAUUGUGAAAAGAGUUUCAUUUGGUCCUCACUCCUAAAAUUACAUGAAAAAGUGCACACUGGAGAAAAACCUUACAAGUGUUCACAUUGUGAAAAGAGUUUCACUCAUUCAAGUAUCUUGAAAGAGCACCAAAGAAUCCACACUGGAGAAAAACCUUACAAGUGUUCACAUUGUGAAAAGAGUUUCACUCAUUCAAGUAUCUUGAAAGAGCACCAAAGGAUCCACACUGGAGAAAAACCUUACAAGUGUUCACAUUGUGGAAAGAGUUUCACUCAGUUAGGACACAUGAAAUCACACAAAAGGGGGCACACUGGAGAAAAACCUUACAAGUGUUCACAUUGUGGAAAGAGUUUCAGUCGCUCAGGAAUCCUGAAAACACACGAAAAAGUGCACACUGCAUAAGCCAUACACUGCUCUAUAUGUGAGAUGAGUUUUAGCUCAAGUUCUCUAAAGAAACAAAUGAUUCAUCACAGUAAGCACAGUAAGAAAUUGUAAGAAAAGCAAUUUAAAACAAAUAGUGAGAAAUUCUGAUAAACCCCAAAAGUACAUUUCAGCUAAGAGGGUAAUGUGUUAAAAUUCACUUCAAGAUCAGCUGAAUCUCUGUCUCUUCCACUUCAUGUCAGGAAGAUGAACUGUUCAAGAACUGUGCUUUCAAGAAUAUCAUGAUUAUUUUUAAAACGGUUUUUACAGUUAAAUGCUUCUGUCUGUUUUUUUUUUGGGGUGGGAUAAUUGUUUGAGUGCAUUAAUCUGUUUGUGAGAAAUAUAAAAUUGUACAUGCUGUUCUGCUCUGUGUAUGUGUUUCUGGCCUUCCAUGUGUGUUCAGUUGACCUCAGAUGCAGGCUGCAGUGCGCACGAUAGUAAGUCAAUAUAUUUAGCAACUGCUGACCGUUUUUCUCUUACUCUUUAUCAUGUUCCGCAUACUUAUUUCUGUGAUCUGAUUAAGGUCACACCCGUCCACAAGGUCAACCGUAAGGCAUCACGGCUGUAACAUCUGUAUAUGGCCUCUUUCCUGUACACCCAUAUUCUCCCCCUUGACCCUAGGCCUUGUUACCGCUUUCCUAUUGGCUGCUUAGUGUCUCAUGAAAAAUAUUUGCUCUAAAAAUAUUUGCUUGCUCUAAUAAACAUUGAGUAGAUUUAA